AUGAAAAAAGCACAAGUUGUGUUUAUACCUUCUCCCGCUGUAGGUCAUUUAGUUUCCACACUCGAGUUCGCAAAGCUUCUAAUCAACCGUGACAACCGUCUCCAUAUAACCGUAUUAGUUAUCAAAUUCCCACACACAACAGAAACCGAUAUCUACACAAAAUCCCUUCCUAUCUCCGAUUCUCUCAAUCUCAUCAACCUUCCAGAAUGCUCUCUUCCUCCAAACUUAGAUCGAGGUUCCGCCAUGACCGCUCUUCUCGAAGCUCAGAAACCAAACGUCAAACAAGCCGUAUCUAAUCUCACUACUGGAAAAGGACAGCUUGCUGCCUUCGUUGUCGACAUGUUCUGCACCACCAUGACUGAUGUUGCUAAAGAGUUUUCUGUCCCUACCCUCGUCUUCUUCACUUCUAGUGUUGCUUUCCUUGGUUUGAGUCUUCAUCUUCACACUAUCCAUGAACGAGACAACUUAGAUUCAACUCAGUUGCAGCAACUCACUGAGCUGGCCGUCCCGAGUUUUGCUAACUCGGUUCCAAUAAAAUCGUUGCCUAGUGUUGUGCUACAAAAGGAAUGGGAGACAUUUAUGAUGGCCUACUGGAACGGGCUAAAAGAUGCAGAUGGAAUUAUCGUAAAUUCAUUUGACGAGCUAGAAUCGUAUGCGGUUGAUUCAUUUGUAACUGAUCCCGAUCUAGCUGGUAUACAACUAUAUCCGGUGGGACCCAUACUAAAUUUGGAGCACAAAACCAAUAGCAUUGAUGAAUCCAAUGACAUCAUCAAGUGGCUCGAUGACCAACCUCCUUCAUCAGUAGUUUUCCUCUGUUUUGGGAGUAAGGGUUCUUUCGAUGAGGAUCAGAUUAAGGAGAUUGCAAUGGCAAUUGAGAACAGCGGAGCCCGCUUUAUAUGGUCUCUUCGAAAACCUUCUCCAAAAGGCGCAAUGGAGGCACCCUCUGAUUACUCGUUUUUUGAUUUAGGUUUGAUUUUACCGAAAGAUUUUUUGGAUCGAACAGUAGAAUUGGGAAGGAUCGUUGGAUGGGUCCCACAAGUUCAAAUACUAGCCCAUCCAGCAGUAGGAGGAUUUGUUUCGCAUUGCGGUUGGAAUUCAACACUCGAGAGCAUUUAUUUUGGUGUGCCUAUUGCUACAUGGCCUAUUUAUGCGGAACAACAAACUAAUGCUUUUGAAUUAGUGUGUGAGUUAAAGAUGGGUGUGGAGAUUGCAUUGGAUUAUAACGUGGAGGAGUUUAAUGGCAAACCUAACUAUCUUGUAACUGCAGAAAAGAUUGAGAAAGGAAUAGACAGUGUGUUGGAAAAAGAUGGAGAGGUAAGAAAGAAAGUGAAAAUGAUGAGUGAAAAGAGUAAAACAACAUUGUUAGAAGGAGGUCCUUCUUUUACUUAUUUAGGAUACUUGAUUGAUUAUAUUAUGAAUCAAACAUCAAAUUGA